AACAUUUCUUCAACAUCCUUGGCUCACUCAAUUUGUUUCUUGGAUAAUAUUGAAUUUUUUUCUUUCUUUUCUGUGAUGACCGUUAUCAACGUUAUUAGCAAUUGUACCAUGAAACCAUCCUCAAGGAUUCUCGUAAUUGGUCGAAAAAAACCAUCUUUUCUAUCAAGAUGUCACCAUUCUCUAACAAUGUCAACAUCUAUAUCUAAUCCUGUUCUCAAUCUUGAUCUGAAAACCAAGCACAACCCUUCUCGCACGUUAAAACCAGGACGCAUAAUGAACGGUUUUCAAAGAGUUUUGGGUUUACCCUCUUGGAGUUUUGGCCAUUCAAGAACAAGUAUCACUUUUAGAGCAACAAAAACAAAAGAAAGUUUUUCUUGCAUUGGUGGAGUAUCCUUCAAGGCACGUGAAUUCUCAGAUUCUGUUAAGACCACACGUGUGAAUGGUGAGAGGGUUUAUGUGAAGGGUGUGAAGCCAUUAAGAAUUGACAAAGAUGAUAAUAACAAGGGUGAAAGAGACGAAGAAGAGUCUCGGUUCGAAGGUGGCGAUGAAAAGGAUUUGAAGAAAGGUGAUGAAGAAGAGACGGAGGUUGAGAAAGAGGCGUGGAAGUUAUUGCAAAAGGCGCUUGUUACAUAUUGUGAUACACCUGUUGGAACAGUUGCAGCAAAUGAUGAUUCGGAUAAAGAUUCACCAUUGAAUUAUGAUCAGGUUUUUAUAAGGGAUUUUAUCCCUUCUGCUCUUGCUUUCUUGCUCAAGGGAGAAAAAGAGAUUGUCAAGAACUUUCUCCUUCACACUUUGCAACUUCAGAGUUGGGAGAAAACAGUGGAUUGCUAUAGUCCAGGACAGGGCUUGAUGCCUGCGAGUUUCAAAGUUAAAACUACGGAAGUAGAUGACAAUAAUAAAUCAGGAGAAGUUUUAGAUCCUGAUUUUGGAGAAUCGGCUAUUGGUCGUGUUGCUCCUGUAGAUUCAGGAUUGUGGUGGAUCAUCCUACUUAGGGCUUAUGGGAAGCUCACUGGUGACUACAGCUUGCAAGAAAAGUUGGAAGUUCAAACAGGCUUACAAAUGAUCCUCAACUUAUGUUUAUCAGAUGGAUUUGAUAUGUUUCCUUCUCUGUUAGUUACUGAUGGAUCUUGCAUGAUAGAUAGAAGGAUGGGAAUUCAUGGCCACCCUCUUGAGAUUCAAGCAUUAUUUUACUCGGCUCUUCGAUCAGCGCGCGAGAUGGUUGUCAUAAAUGAAGAAUCUAAUAACUUAAUUGGAGAAAUUAACAACAGACUAAGUGCAUUGUCCUUCCACAUUAGAGAGUAUUAUUGGUUGGAUAUGAGAAAGGUGAAUGAGAUAUACAGGUACAAAACAGAAGAGUAUUCUUUUGAUGCAACUAACAAGUUCAACAUCUAUCCAGAACAAAUUCCAAUGUGGCUAAUGGAUUGGAUUCCAGAAGAAGGUGGUUAUCUCAUAGGAAAUCUACAACCAGCUCACAUGGAUUUCAGGUUUUUCAUGCUUGGAAAUCUAUGGUCUAUUGUUUCAUCUUUGGGUACUCCAAAACAGAACAAGUCUAUUUUGAAUCUCAUUGAUUCAAAAUGGGGUGAUCUUGUUGGUUGCAUGCCUCUUAAGAUUUGUUAUCCUGCCUUGGAGCAUGAAGAAUGGCGCUUAAUUACCGGAAGCGACCCUAAGAAUACCCCUUGGUCAUAUCACAACGGUGGAUCUUGGCCUACUCUUCUCUGGCAGUUUACACUGGCAUGCAUCAAAAUGGAAAGAAACGAUCUAGCUGAAAAGGCGGUCGCUUUGGCUGAGAAAAGGCUUCCAUUUGAUUCAUGGCCAGAAUAUUAUGACACAAAAACAGGAAGAUUCAUUGGAAAACAAGCUCGGCUUUUUCAAACCUGGACAUUGGCUGGAUUCCUUGCUUCUAAGAUGCUUUUGAAGAAUCCUGAAACAGCAUCAUUGCUAUGUUGGGAUGAAGAUCUUGAAAUUCUUGAAACAUGUGUUUGUGCACUUAACAAGAGUGGCAGGACAAAAUGUUCACGUAAUGUUGCAAAGUCACACAUUCUAGUGUGAUUGAUGUUCACAAGACUUUCACUGUUGUACAGUUUAACUAGUUUAGUGUAUAUAUAUAUGAAUAUCAUCAUGUGUAUGGGUUGAGUUUCAUAGAAUUUAGUAUAACAUUUUUUUAAUUGUUGUGACUAUGAUGACUAGGGCUUCAU